CAAGGUCCAAGCGUCCCUAAACGAGUGGCCUACAUUCCUAUCUAUCUGGGUCAGCUACACCACCUUCUCGUUGAGCCAAGACUGAAAGAUUCACUGCUGAGAUUUACCCAGUUGCAAGAAGAUGUCAAAACUGACAAAAGUAAAAGCCAUUGAUGUGGGUGUCUUCAGCUCCACGGAUUUGGGAAACGGCAAAAUUAAGUUCAAAUUCAAUACCACUGAACUUGCCCAGAAACUAUUAGAAAAUUUCUCCUUGCUGCUGGAAGGUGAGCACAUGGUAGACACAACAUUGGAGUCUAAAACAGGCACAAAAGUAAGGUUUCAUGCUGUGCUUCUUGCAGCCACCAGACCAUGCUUUUGGUCUUACCUGGUCUCAGACAUAUCUGGCUGUGCUGGCAGGGCUGAGGAAUCUGAUGACAUGGUCCUGGACACCCAAAAAGAUGACCAGUGUUUGCAAGAGUUCCAAGAUUUCAUUUACAACAAUGAUGAAUAUCCUGAGACGGAUGCCAACUACAAUAAUGUCUACCCAGCUUUGAGUCGUAUGUACCAGAAGGAAGAACUGACAGAUGUAACUCUGUCAGCAGAUUUUGGGCCAAAGGGUCCACAUGUCUUUAAAUGCCAUGCUUCUGUCUUAGCAGCUAGUAGUCCAAAACUUGCAGAUGUGUUUUGCAUCUUCUCCAAUGCUCUGUUGUUGAAGAGAAGUCAUUUUGCACUGAAAGCACCAGCUGUUGUUGUAGAAACUGUACUGAAAGCUGUAUACACAGGAGAAGUCACACUUGAUGAUGAGAAUGUUGAGAUUGUUAGGAAGACUGCGACCCACUAUCAGUGGCCUUUUCUUGUAAAAGCCUGUGAGCAGUUUCUUCAUGGGAUGGCAGAUGUAAAUGAUUCUGAAAAUACAGAUUGGAUCCAGUCACAUUAUACCACUCCCCCCGCAUCAACACCAUGCUAUGACACGCGUGUUGGUGAUGAGGAGAAUGUUGCUGUGAGCAGAAAGCUGUAUUUUGGCAGUAGUCUUGAUGAAAGAGAUGAAAAUUUCAAAUACUCUGCUAGGGAGGUUCCACCUGAGGAGAAAAACAUACUAGAAGAAUGGGAACCAGACGUGAAGUUCGGGGCAAACAGAGAACUAAUGCGACCAAGGGCAUCUAAAGAAGAGGAAGAGGCAGACAUGAGCUUUAAAGAAAAUAAAGACCAAAUUUUAACCGAGAUAGUCAAUAAUGAAAACUUACUUAAAAUGGCAUAUCUUAAACAAAGCAUGCUUAACGACAUCAGGGAUGAUUUGGUCAAGAUCCCUAGCCGCAUGAAAAAAGGUGGCACGCCUGACAUGAGAAGAAAAGAAAAUCGGGAAUGGUUUCUUCCAUGGGGCCAAAAUAUUGAUGGUACACCAGACAUGAGACUUCGUGAAAACAAACAAGGCAUGCUUAAUGACAUCAGAGAUGAUUUGGUCAAGAUUCCUAGCCGCAUUAAAAAAGAGAGCAAGCCUGACAUGAGAAGAAAAGAAAAUCGAGAAAAGCAUCUUCUAUGGGGGCAAAAUAUUGAUGGUACACCAGACAUGAGACUUCGAAAAAACAAAGAGUACAUAAAACAAGAACCAGCCAACCAGCUUUUGAAGGUAUGUCCUAGCAGCACAAGUCAUAAUGCCGGCCCCCUGAAGAGCGAUGGUACCCCAGAUAUGAGGUAUGCAGUAAACAAAACCAGCUCCAGUUGUGGUCCCCUGAAAAAGGAUGGUACACCAGAUAUGAGAUAUGCAGCAAACAAAGCCAGCUUUUCUUCAGCAGUGGCAAAUACCAUUCACAGCACAAGCUCCAGUUGUGGUCCCCUGAAAAAGGAUGGUACACCAGAUAUGAGGUAUGCAGCAAACAAAGCCAGCUUUUCUUCAGCAGGAGCAAAUAUCAUUCGCAGCACAAGCUCCAGUUGUGGUCCCCUGAAAAAGGAUGGUACACCAGAUAUGCGUUUCAAAGCUAACAGAAGAUAAACUGACAUAUGUGUACUUUCAGCCAUGGUGAACAUUGGAACUUUACAUUAUUGUUAUAGGUAGCACUGAAUGUGGAGAAUCUAUACUAUAACACUUUAUUUGUUAGAACGCAGGCUUGUAAUUAGUUUUAUUAGCACAUAACUAUAUUGCUAAAGUUUGCUUAAGAAUUGGCUUGAUUAUUUUUCACUGUUCCUGAAAGAUAAAAAUUGCAAUGUUUGGUAAACCUAUUAAAUAAAAUCAUUUUGAGUUCUUUUGGGGGAAUGUUCAUGCUGCACCCUCUCUGCUCCCAAAAAAUAAUAAUGUAUUAAAUAAAAAAAAAAGGCAUGGGAAUAGAAAAAUUACUACUGGAUAGAUAUCUCUGGACAGUUCAUGUAAAAUCUAAAGUUGCAAAAAUACAUCAGUAUUCUUAUGUGGUAUAUAAAAAAAUCAAUAAAUUUAGUUUAGGUUAUAAAAUAAUUAAAAGAUAUUCAGUUCAGAAUUCAAUUAUUGGGUUAUCAUAAAGGUAUAUAGAUAUUAAAUACUGUCAUCAUUUUAGUGAGAAUAAUUGUCACAUUUAUUAUGUAGAGUUUCUUAUUUGUGAAUAUCUAGCAGUAAUUAAUUUUUUUCUGGCACUUUAAUUGUGAAUAAUAUUUUUGAUUAUUUAUUUUAUUACCCCUUUUCUGUUGUUGUUACUUGUUAACAGUUUUUUAACUUUACUACUGGUGCUUAUUGUAUGACAUCAUACAAUAAAAAUAAUGCAGGUACUAGUAUGCAGCCAACAAAGCCAGUUUUUCUUCAGCAGGGGCAAAUACCAUUUACAGUACAGCACAAACUCCAGUUGUGCUCCCCUGAAAAGGGAUGGUACACCAGAUAUAAGGUAUGCAGCAAACAAAACCAGCUUUUCUUCAGCAGGGGCGAUUGCCAGCAGCAUGAGAUUCAGUUCUGGUCCCCUAAAAAGCAAUGGUACACCAGAUAUGCGUUCCAAAGCUAACCGAAGAUAAACUGACAUACUUGUACUUUCAGCCAUCAUGAACAUUGGAACUUUCCAUUUUUUAUUGGAAAAGAUAUUGGAUACAUUUUAUGAUAACAUGUUAUAAAAUGUGAUGAAAAUUAAGAGAAUUCAGCAGUGGAAAAAAGAAAAAAGAAUAUAGGUAGCCUGAAUGUGGAGAACCUAUACUGUAACACUUUAUUUGUUAGAACGUAGGCUUCUAAUUAGUUUUAUUAAUACAUAACUAUAUUGUUAAAGUUUGCUUAAGAAUUGAUUUGAUUAUUUUUCACUGUUCCUGAAAGAUAAAAAAUUGCAAUGUUUGUUUGGUAAACCUAUUCAAUAAAAUUAUUUUGAGUACUUAUGGGGGGAGUGUUCAUGCUGCACCCUCCAGUCCCAAAAAAUAAUGUAUAUAAUGUAUUGAAUUUAAAAAAAGGCAUGGGAAUAGAAAUUUACUACUGGAUAGAUAUCUUUGGACAGUUCAUGUAAAAUUCUAAAGGUGCAAAAAUACAUCAGUAUUCUUAUGUAGUAUAUAAAAAAAUCAAUAUAUUUAGUUUAGGGUAUAAAAUAAUUAAAAGAUUUUCAGUUCAGAAUUCAAUUAUUGGGUUAUCAUAAAAGUAUAUAGAUAUUAAAUACUGUCAUCAUUUUAGUGAGAAUAAUUGUCACAUUUAUUAUGUAGAGUUUAUUAUUUGUGAAUAUCUAGCAGUAAUUAUUUUUUCUGGCACUUUUAUUGUGAAUAAUGUUUUUGAUUAUUUAUUUUAUUAUCCCUUUUCUGUUGUUGUUACUUGUAAACAGUUUUGUAACUUUUCUACUGGUGCUUAUUGUAUGACAUCAUACAAAAGAAUAAUACUGAAGACAUCCUUGUAAUGGCUACUGUACACAAAUAACUAAUAAUGAGAAACAAGAGGGAACCAGUAUCCCUUCGGCAGCAUGCUCCUCUGGAUCUGCUUAGGCAUUUGAUAAAGUAGUUUUUGAAUUAUGGUAGAUAUCUUAUAAAACUUUUCUGUUAUUGUUUUGAUUUUAUUUUGGGAGUUUUCACUGUAGUUAUAUAUAGAUAUCUGUGUGAUGGUAAUGAUUAUUUACCACUGACGUAGAAAUCACUAUCUGCAAAUUUGUUUACAGUAGAAAUUGCUUCCAAUUUAGAGAUGAUGAUUUACAUAACUUACAAUAAUUAUUUUCCACUAGUACAAGUUGCUACCAUGGUAGAAAUUAUUAUUACUGAGUAAAUAACUAUUUACUGUGACAGUAAUAAAAAUUUACCACAUGGUAAUGAUUAUUUCUAUGGUAUUUUUUUUUUUUUUUUUUGGGGGGGGGGGCGAUGCAGAUAAUUUCUAGUAUAUGGAGCUUUAUGGAUGUGUAAUUAUAACUGUAGUUACAAUAAAUAUUACUCUGUUAAAAAUAAUGCUGUUGAAAGCUACCCAGA